UCAUUCCUCUCUUUCCCUUCUUUCUUCUUAGCAUGCUUACAAGGAACAAGAACAUUUUCCAUUUUGAAGAAGAUGAUGACAUUAUUGAAGAAGAACAAGAAGAAGAUGAAGAUGAUUAUAAGGCCAUGGAAGAGAAGAAAAGCUUUGUAGGACUUCAAAUAGUAAUAAAAAAUCAAAACCAAAGCUCAAACAUAGUGACCAAGCACAUAUUGAAAGCUCCACAAGUAGUCCAACAAAGUUCAUCACACUUUGGUUUUCUAAAUUCAUGUCAUUUGUGCAAGAGAAAACUAAGUCUUCAAAUGGAUGUUUACAUGUAUAGGGGAGACCAAGGAUAUUGCACACCGGAGUGUCGAAGCCAGCAAAUGAUCAUCGACGAAAGAAGAGAACUCGAAGCUUCUUCAAGUGAACGUAUCAUCAGUUUUCCUCUACACCAUGAGGUUGCUCUCGAGGUAAAAAAUUCAGAUCCUCAGAGUAGGGUUUCUGCUGCUGCAUGACACAUGAUUUUCCUUUGAUGAUCAUAUAUAUAUAUAGUUCUUGAUCUUCUUUGUUUUCAUUUCUAAUAUCUAACAGUAGAGACUGUUUGUAAUGUAUAACAUAGUGAGGCUGUGUUAUGCAUUGAGUGAUAAUAUAUAUAUCUGAUAACAUGAUAAGGAGUUGCUUAAUUAUCUUCCACUCUUUGGAGAGUUGAGAAGAUGUUUCAUCUUUAUAAGAUUUAUAAGAUGAAGUUAAUGGUGUUGAUUUUCUGUAUAUGUUCUUGAUCAUGUAGUGAUAUAUAUAUAUAUAUAUAUAUAUAUAUUGGGGGUUUGCUUUUCAU